AUGCUGCUCCAAGGCCAUCCUCCCAGACGGCACAUUUCCAGUGCGCCAGUCUCUCUCAGCGCCGCAUCAGCGCUACUGGACAAGUACCUGGAAGACUCGCAGACACACGCGCAUCUGCACCCCGACGCGCUGAUAACACCCGACGGUGUGACGUUCAAUUCGCAGGGCGGCGCCAUGGGGAAUCCGCUUAUGCACCAUUUGCGGCGCGUGGCAGCGGGCAUGCGUGGUGAGUACCGAGCGCCGGAUAAGACGCUAGAAGCGCAGGAACGGGAACAGGAGCAGCAGCAGCAGCGUGGUGCAAAGAGUGGGGUGGCCGACGAGGAGUGGCAGGACAUGGCGGCGUAUCAGGCUGAGCAAGGCGUGACUGAAGUGGGCGACGUGGGCGAGAGGAGCAAUCUUGUGCAAGAGGGCGGAGAGGAGCCAGAGGUACAGACCAAGGAUGCAAGGAAGAGGACGAAGGAGCAGGCAGACGAUGGGCAGGCGACGGCAAGUGGGGGGAUAGACAAGGAGGCGAGGAAGAAGGCCAAGAAGGAGAGGGAUAUGCAAAGGAAGAGGGAAAAGACGACACAGGCCAACAAGGCCGACUAA